AUGCCUCUUUCGAAGUCAGCCCAUUUCAUUCUUGAGGAUGCUUCAAGUUUUCGUUCAUUGGUGAAAUUGGCCCUCAUCGUAAUGUCCAUGGCCAAGGUAGUCCUCGCCCAAGACGUGACCAUCACCAUCGCAUCUGCACAAUUUAUCGUCAAUCCGGCAGAAUACAUUCUCGAUAGCACCACAAUAGCUCCUGGCUCUGCUGCAGUCUUCAUUGAUGGGCAAACUGUCUCAGCAGAUCCCGCCAAAGAUCUUUUCAUUCAUGGCGUCGAGGUUCUGACCGGAUAUGCGACUGCAAGUUUUACCAGUAUUGUCGCUUCCGCCAACACUACUGCAUUUUCUAAUUCUGUCAUGAGCGGCGUGAACGGCAGCAGCAGUGGCUCAGGCAGCCCAGGGUCUCAAUUAACCAGCAUUGGAUCGGGGUCAAUGUCUGCUUCGUCAGCGCUGGGUUCGUUCCCUACAAUUUUGAGCCAACAUAGCAAGAUCUCUGUGCCAGCAACGUCCACUCCUACAGGCUCGAAUCAUAGCAAUUCUGUUAUUCAUUGGCUAGUCUCCACAGGUUUAACCUUGCAUAAUAACACGGCAAGCUCGGCAUCAUCCAUCGCACCGAAUGAAAAUGUGACCGCCAGUUCAGCAUUGCAGUCAUCCAGAGUCGCUUCAGUCGCAGGCUCCGGUUCACGUGCAGGAACCAAUGUGUCACCCACAGGCUCAGAUACCUUCGUCCAAAGCAACAAAAGCACUGGACUAGCUGCAUCUGCAACUGGAGUAACUUCUCUGUCCUCGAACGGUACAUUAUUUGUCCUUGGCUCUCCAUCGACUCGAUUGUUGAGUUCAAGUUUAGCCACAGCAAUCACAGCCCUUGGAUUAUCAAAAACGGUUUCUCCAAUGACUGUUGCUUCUUCAAGUAUAGCAUCAUUGAUGCCCGCUUCUAUUACAUCAGGCCCAACCAUCUCCAUGCCGAUCAUAACGGUCGAACCGACUGGUUCGGUCGCAAGUGCGGCUGGAAUUUCCCUGGGAGGACUGAUACUCGGUAUUUCGCAAGAAGCCCAGACCUUGUCAAACAUUGUAACCAACUCGGCCUCUAGCUCGUCAUAUGUCCUCAAAAUUCAAGCAGUAGAAUCAAAGUGGGACAAUUUUCUCAGACAGAUAGGUGGCGACAACCCACCCUCCUACGACUCGGCUUGCACAGGAGGCGGCCUUACGGGCCUGCUUGAAUUGGUGGGAUGUAUAAGCAGCGGUUUGGAUAAGAUCAAGCUUGGCAUCGAGGGUAUCGAUAAAACCAAUCCAGGCCCAGCGUUGACUGAUAUAGAAGAAGUCAUAGCUAAUGUCGCUGAAAUGGCCCAAGAGGAAGAAGAGGAAGAGGAAGAGGAAGAGGAGGAAACGACUCAGAGUGAAUCACAAGCACAAAAGACGCAGCAGAGCUCAAGAACGCCAAGUAUUUCGGUAGAAAGUUCUAUACUCAGCUCAUCAGCCAUUUUGUCGAGCGUUUCAUCAAGCGUUUCGUCAAGUGCAGUGUCAUCAGGGAUUAUGACGGACCCUCCAUGCGACACCAAUAUACCACAGGCCCUACCGUCCGGAUACAGCAUUGACAAUGGCGCUGCCGAAGUCGUGCUGGGCUUUGUGGGCGACAUUCUCCUGUCAGUCCUCGGUGGCGGAGUAUCAGGCUUCACGACCUCUACACUAGCCAACAGCACCUCAGCAAUGGUCUCCAGUAGCGCUCCCGUCGUGAUUCCUGGGCAAGGUGGCCUCUCACCAUGCGCUGAGUAUCUGUCCGAUGAACAGGGUUAUGCGCCCGGCACAGAGAACUAUUGCUUUUGCGACGGCAUCAAGGCGCCUAUGCUUGUCAAUACUGUUAGCGGCACCAUAGUGAGCGACUGCAGCUACACCACAAUGCCGUCCUCGGGCUGGACUCCUAUCGUUACCGCAGGGUACUCAUCACCCACACCACCGUCCUCUACACGGCCUCCUUCAACUGAUCCGGCUCCCACAGCUCCCCCGAGACCCAUAAGUCUUGGGCCUAUCUAUAUAUGUAUUCUGAUGUAUGUCUCCAAAUUCUUUCCUAUCAAGAACGGAGGGACAAUUCAAUUGAAGAAGAACCAUGAGCUAAUGAUUCAAUCAUGUACAGUGUCAACCACAUCGAAAUGGGAAAAGAUGGCGAGCAGGCUACCAGCACGUGCAACUGUAAUGAUGGAAGCCACCCUACUCCCACUCUUACGGCAGGGAGCCGCGCGUGUCCGUCGCAGGUCACCUCCAUUAACAAUUGAUGCGCUCGAUGGUCCGUCCAGUUUACAUGGAGGAAACCUGGACUAA